UUUUCUUUAUAAAGAGGGAUAUGAAAUAUGAAAGAAAAAAGAAACGAAAAAGGCCCUCAUAUUUAUACAAUAUCUGUAUCUUGUGGCUCUUUGUUGUUAGUUGAAAUGAUAAUGAUAUUUUUAAAAGUUGUCAAUUCUCUUUGGGGGGUUAACAAUGACGAUGCAAACCCGUGUUUAUUAUUAUUAUCUUACUGAAAGGGUUU